AUGAGACCAGAGGAGCUCCUAAACAUCCUGGAAGAUUUAACAGACGAUGAGUUUGAAGGCUUUAAGUGGCGCCUGCAGCAGGGAGAAGUCCUUGCCAGUCGACCAACCAUCAAAAAGAGCCGACUGCAGACGGCAAAAAGACGGGACACCGUGGACCUGAUGGUGCACACCUACACUCUUCCUGGAGCUGUGGAGGUGACCAGGAAGGUUUUAGAAAGAGUCUGCAGGAAUGAUCUGCUGCAGAGUUUGUCUGCCAGCUCAGAGCAACAAGCUGCCGUACCAGGAGAGGUUCCCUGUGACGUCUGCACUGGAAGCAAACUGAAGGCCCUGAAGUCCUGCAUGGUGUGUCUGACCUCCUAUUGUGAGACGCACCUGGAGCCUCAUCUGACAGCUUCACGUCUGAGAAGACAUCAUCUGGUAGAGCCCUUGGAGAACCUGGAAGGCAGGAUGUGUAUGAAGCACGAUAAACCUCUGGAGCUGUUCUGUAAGACUGACCAGACAUGUGUCUGCACGCUCUGCUCUGUUUUCAAACACAAGACUCAUGAGUUUGUUCCUCUGAGAGAAGAAUAUGAGGGAAAGAAGGCAGAGCUGUGGAAGACAGAGGCUGAAAUUCAGCUGAUGAUCCAGAAGAGACAACUGAAGAUUCAGGAGAUCAAAAAGUCAGUAAAGAUGAGUAAAGAUUCUGCAGACAGAGAGAAAGCAGAAGGUUUUCAGGUGUUCACUGCUCUGCAGGAGUCUGCUGAGAGGGGAAUGAAGAAGCUCAUGAAGGAGAUCGAAGGCAAACAGAAGACAACAGAGAAACAGGCUGAAGGUUUCAUCAAGGAUCUGGAACAAGAAAUCUCUGAGCUGAAGAAGACAAGCUCUCAGAUGGAGCAGCUCUCACACUCUGAAGACCACCUACACGUCCUCCAAAGCUUCUCAUCCCUGAAAACUGUUUUACCCACGAAGGACUGGACAGAGAUCAGAGUUCAUCCACCUUCAUAUGAGGGAACUGUGGUUAGAGCUGUGGCUCAGCUGGAGGAGAAACUCAGGAAAUGCAUGAAGAAGAAGCUGCUUGAGUCUGAGCUGGAGAGGGUCCAGCAGUAUGCAGUGGAUGUGACUCUUGAUCCUGAUACAGCAAAUUCGAGACUCAUCCUAUCUGAUGAUGGAAAACAGGUGCAUUGUGGUGAUGUGAGGAAGAAUCUUCCAGACAUCCCACAGAGAUUCUCUCCAUGUCCUAAUGUUUUAGGAAAGCAGAGUUUAUCAUCGGGCAGAUUUUAUUUCGAGGUUCAGGUUAAAGGAAAGACUGCCUGGGAUUUAGGAGUGGCCAGCGAGUUGGUCAACAGGAAGGGAAAAAUCACGCUGACUCCUCAGGAUGGUUUCUGGAGUUUAGGCUUGAGAAAUAGAAAUGAGUACAGAGCUUUUGCUAGCCCUUCAGUCCGUCUCUGUUAUCAGUCUGGUCCAGAGAAGGUGUGGGUGUUUGUGGAUUAUGAGGAGGGUCUGGUUUCGUUUUAUGAUGUGGAUACUGCAGCUCUUAUCUACUCCUUUACUAGCUGCUCCUUCAUUCAGAAACUCCACCCAUACUUCAGUCCCUGUCUCAAUGAUGGUGGUGAAAACUCAGCACCUCUAAUCAACUGUCCUGUCAAUCAAAUCGAGUCAAUCAACAGAUUUUAUUUGAUGAACUGAUUGAUUUUUAUUGAAGGGAACCAAUGAACAUGUUCAGUGUAAAUACUCUACAGUUUCCAUGUUUUCUAUAGACUCUGAAUAUUGUGGCCUCUGAUUUAUGCUUUUGUUUGACUCUCGUGGGAUUUGAAGCAAACACAAGCAAAAAAAUGAAUCAGGAAAUUUUCCCACUAAGUGAUUAUAAAAUAUCAGAGAAUGAAUCUCAGAAAGCUUCAUUUAAGAAUAAAUGAACAGUGACCUUGUAACUGUUAACAAAAUUAAGCAUUACACUUUUUGGUCUUUUGAAAUUGAUGUUUGAGACUGGACUGUUUCAAACACUGAAAGUCAGAUAUCUUUACACUGUGCGUUGAUUUGUUACCGUUUAAUAUUUUCUUAACCUCUUGUAAAGAAAAGAUAACUGUUGUAUGUAAAUAAUAGUGAAAAAUACUGCACAAAACUACUGCUUAUUUAUGGCACAGUCUCCAUCACGAUAACAACAAAUCUUUCUUCUGUGAGUAAACAGCGCCAUCAUGUGUUGUACAAACAUGACAAGAACACUUAUGAUUCAAAUGUAUUAUGGAAGGAGAUGUUUAGAAAUUUCCAAUUUUCAAGAUUUUAUUUUAAAUUGUCAAGUGAGUUUAAAAGUGAUGCUAGAGGUAAUGAUUUAAUAGCUAAUCAGUACGCCAUAUCAAAGAGUGGUUGAAAAUGUAAUUUUUAUUUGUUUUCUGCAAACCAGAAACUCUGAAAUAUUUUGCAUGUGUAAUUUUUUAAAUGCAUUUUAUUAAAAAGACUGUCACUUAAUCUCGCCAGUACAUAUUGAUUGAUUUUCUUUCAGUGCUUACACCUGUGUAUAGUAAUUUUCCCAUUCAUUUGUGAUUGUCUACUCAGAUUUGACCAUUUUAUCUAUGAAUAAAUAAGUUUUCUGCUCUAUGAUGC